AGAGAAAGGUCUUCCAUCUGCUGGUUCACUCUCCCAAAUGGCCACAACAACCAGAGCUAAGCUGGUCUGGAACCAGGAGCUUCUCCUAGGUCUCACAUGUGGGUGCAGGGGCCCUAGGCCCAUCCUCCACUGCUUUCCCAGACACAUCCCAUGUGGGAUGCAGACGCUGCAGACUAGGGCAUUAACCCGCUGCACCAUAGCAGUGGUCCUGGAAGGUUUCUAUGCCAUGGUGCUGGUCCUAAAAUAAAUUUACAAAUAAAUGAAAAGGAAGGGCCAGCUCUAUGUCCUUUUUUUUGUGUGUGUGUGUGUGUGUUAUUUAUUUGAAAGAAUUAAGGUGAGAAAGAGAGAUCUUCCACAUGCUGGUUCAUUCCCCAAAUGGCCACAAUGGCCAGGGCUGGGCCAGGCUGAAGCCAGGAGCCAGAACUUCAUCUGGAUCUUCUGUGUGGGUGCAAGGGCCCAAGCCCUUGUACCAUUUUCCACUGCUUUCUCAGGCACAUCAGCAUAGAGUUGGAUUGGAAGUAGAGCAGCCAGGAAUUGAACUGGUGCCCAUAUAGGCAGCUUAACCUGCUGUACCACAAUGUAGACCCCUUCUUGUUUUUCUGAUGUUUUAUUUGUGGCUGCAAUGGCUAGGUCUGGGCCAGGCUGCCUCAUCUGGUUCCCACGUGGAUCCAGGGGUCAAAAUACUUGGGCUAUCUUCAACUGCUUUCCCAGGCAUAUUAGCAAGGACCUGGAUCAGAAGUGGAGUAGCCAGAACUUGAACCACAGCACUCAUGGGAUGCUGGCAUUGCAGGUGGCAGCUUAACCUGCUAUGGCACAACACCAUAUAUUCUGAUAUAUUCUUAUAAAUGUUUUGCUGAACUUUGUUUAGAAAAAAAAUGCUUUGGGUUUAAUCUCUGUAAUUCCCUUUGGGAAAUGAGGCACAUUAAAUCUAACAAGGUUAAAAGUGCAUCUGAGGGGCAGGUGCUUUGGCGUAGCAGGUAAGCUGCUGCCUGCAGUACCGGCGUGCCAUAUGGGUGCCAAUUUGAAUCCCGGCUGCUCCACUUCCCAUCCAGCUCUCUGCUACAGCCUGGGAAAGCAGUAGAUGACGACCCAAGUCCUUGAGCCCCUGCACCUGGGUGGGAGACCCAGAGAAGCUCCUGGCUUCAGAUGAGUGCAGUUGCAUCCAUCUGGGGAGUGAAUUAGUGGAUGGAAAACACCUCUCUCUGCAUCUCUCUAACUUUGCCUUUCAAAUUGAAUUAAUAAAUCUUAAAAAAAAAUCUGAAACCAAAUUAUCUUUUCAUUUACUGCAGUGAAACCUUUUCUGAUAGUUCAUUGAAGGUCUGUAUUCCAAAGGCAAAGUGGGCAGGUAACCUGUAGCUGUUUUCAUUGGGUUGUGUAUGGUUUAGAGACUUGUAAGUUGGGAGAGGAGGGGAGUAUGCAUCACAGCCAUCUGGAAUUUCAGUAGGAUGCAUGUGCCAGGCUGAUGUGUCUUGGACACUCCGAUGCAGUAGGUCUAGAGUGGAGCUUGUGAUUUAGUCUCAUGUGUAAUUGAAGUAGGAGCCACCCAUUGGGGCCCCGCAUGGUGGUACAGUGGUUUAAGCUUCUUCAGAUGUUUGCUUUCCAUACUGGAAUGCAAGCUUAAUCCUGACUAUUUUCUUUCUGAUCCAACUUCCUACUAAGCAUCCUGGGAGGCAGCAGGACCUAGGCUCAGGUUCUGGGGUCCCUGCCACACACAUAAGAGCCCCAAGUGGAGGUGGAGGCUCCGGGCUUUGUGCUGGUGCAGCCGUGGCUGCUUUGGCAUUUGGUGAGUGAACCACCAGAUAGAAGAUCCCUCCCUCUGCCCUUCAGGUAAAUAAAUGAUUAUAUUUAAAAAACCAGCUCUGAGUCACUCCCUCACUAGCUUUAAAAAAAGAUAGAGCGCCAUUAAUUUAGUUAGUAAAGGCAAGAGUGGUCCAUAAGGGUGGGGAGAAAAUGCGUAGAAAGUGAAUGGGAGGAAGUAAGCAAUGUAGUUUAUGAAGUGAGGGUAGAGAUCACUAACCCUGGGUGAUGAUACUGGGGAUCAGGCAGAGAGGACAAGCAAAGCAAAGCGAGGAGCAUGUAUUACCUGCCUUCAGACAAACAACUAGACUGUUUGCUUAUCUUCCAAUUUGUUCUCCAAUGAUCAGGAGAAAAAGCAGCUCUAGGUGAGACCUCUUAACGGCGCUGUUGGCCAGUCUCCGAGCAGACACUGUUCAUUCUUGAUAUGAAGCGCGCAGAGAAGCGCUCACUUGUGUUUCUUACUCCUAGGGAUAAAGUGGCUGUUCUUCAGGCGCUUGCAUCCACGGUAAACAGGGACCCUACAGCUGUCCCUUAUUCAUUUCAAGAUGAUCCUUACCUCAUACCAACAUCCUCUUUGGAAGGACGUUCAUUUUUAUUGGCAAAGAAGUCUGGAGAAAGUGCAGCAAAAUUUAUUAUUAAUUCAUAUCCCAAGUAUUUUCAGAAGGACAUAGCUGAACCUCAUAUACCGUGUUUAAUGCCUGAGUAUUUUGAACCUCAAAUUGAAGAUGUAAGUGAAGCUGCUCUUAAGGAAAGAAUCAAGCUCAGAAAAGUCAAAGCUUCUGUGGACAUGUUUGACCAACUCUUACAAGCAGGAACCACUGUGUCUCUUGAAACAACUAAUAGUCUUUUGGAUUUAUUAUGUUAUUAUGGUGACCAAGAACCCUCAGUUGAUUUUCAUUUUCAACAAAGAGAACAGUCAGAAGAAUUGGAAGAGACUACAAACGAAAAUGCUGAGAAGCCUAGGAAGAAGUUUGGAGUUAUUUGGAGAGUAAAAAACAAUGCUGAGAGAAUCUUUGCUCUAAUGCCAGAGAAAAAUGCACAUUCCUACUGUACAAUGAUCCGAGGAAUGGUGAAGUACCGAGCACAUAAGCAGGCAUUAAACUUGUACACAGAGUUAUUAAACAACAGACUCCAUGCUGAUGUGUACACUUUCAAUGCUUUGAUCGAAGCAACAGCAUUGGUGGCAAAUGAAAAAUUUGAGGACAAAUGGAAUAAUAUAUUGGAGCUGCUGAAACAAAUGGUUGCACAGAAUGUGAAACCCAAUCUACAGACUUUCAACACCAUUCUGAAAUCUCUCCGAAGAUUCUAUGCAGUUGGAAGAAUGCUGGGCUUACAAACUUUACGUGAAAUGAAAGCUAUCGGAAUCGAACCGUCACUUGCAACAUAUCACCAUGUUAUUCAACUGUUUUAUCAACAUGACUCCUCAAAAGAAUCAUCUUUCAUCAUCUAUGACAUAAUGAAUGAAUUAACAGGAAAGAGCUUUUCUCCAAAGGACCCGGAUGAUGAUUUGUUUUUUCAGUCAGCCAUGAGAGUUUGCUCAUCGCUCAGAGAUCUAGAACUUGCUUACGAAAUACAUGGCCUUUUGAACACUGGAGAUAACCGGAAAUUCCUUGGACCCGAUUAUCGGCGUAAUUUCUAUUAUUCCAAGUUUUUCAGUUUGCUUUGUCUAAUGGAACAAAUCGAUGUCACCUUGAAGUGGUACAAGGACCUGAUACCUUCUGUUUUCUUUCCCAGCUCUCAGACAUUGAUAGAUCUUCUCCAAGCAUUGGAUGUGGCCAAUCGACUAGAACUGAUUCCUCAAAUUUGGAAAGAUAGUAAAGAAUAUGGUCACACUUUCCGCAAAGAACUGAGAGAAGAGAUCUUGGAGCUCAUGGCAAGAGAUAAGCACCCACCAGAGCUUCAGGUGGCGUUUGCUGAUUGUGCCGCGGAUAUCAAAUCCACGUAUGAAAGCCAGGAUGCCAGACAGACUGCUCCCAAUUGGCCAGCCAGUCCUCUCAACUGUAUAGCUAUUCUGUAUUUAAGGGCUGGAAGAACUCAGGAAGCCUGGAACAUGUUUGGAAUUUUCAAGAAGCAUAAUAAGAUCCCUAGAAAUGAUUUGCUGGCUGAGUUCAUGGACAGUGCAAAAGCCUCCAGCAGCCCCGCCCAGGCCAUUGAGGUGGUGAAGCUGGCGUCUGCCUUCAGCUUACCUGUGUGUGAGGCCCUCACCCAGAGAGUAACGACUGAAUUUGCAAUCACCCAGGAACAGAAGGAAGCCCUGGGCAACCUAACUGCACAGAGCAGUGACAGUGACAGUGACAGCGACAGCGAUAGUGACAGCAGUGAAGGCAAAGGACGGUAGGAGUCUUCCUGGCCACAGUGGUAACCAAGAGGGGAGGAUACAGAGCUUGUGAACUUGCUACGUGACGUAAACUUGCAGCAGUCUGUCAGCUCUUCACGUGCCACUAUAAUUAAGCAGCAACACUACCACUUUCAUUGUUACCAAGACACGAGGGGAGGUGUCUGGCUCAUGGAGAAGCCCUGCACCCCUUUGGGACUGGGAGUGGCUUCCAUCAGCGUGCUGUUCCCUUUCUCUGGCUUCAGCCAUGGUUGGCCUCAUCUGCUGCAUGUCCUUCCUUGCUGUUAGAGAUGAUGAACGGUUUCCAUGAGACUGCCUUGUAGUAGUACAACUGGGGGAAUAUUUAGAUGUGAGUGUGCAUCUUGGGAUCGAAUGAACAGAAUACUGGCAUUUCACUUACAGAACUAAAGCUUCUAAAUGAAGUCUGUAAAUAAAUAUUGUAACUCAUGUACAUGUGUAUAGUCUUGCUGUAACACCCAGGCGUUUGUCUCCCUUUUUGUGUGUAUGCUGACACAUUCGUUGUCAUGACAAAAGAAUAAAAUGUCUUCUAUACGUGA